CUUCCCCCUCACACUCUGCUCAGCACCCACAGCGCCCAGCGCCCUCACCUCUGUUCGGCGAUCUAAUCAGUUCUCUUAGGAUCUCACACUCCUCGGCCACUCUCUCAAUCUCUUAUUCAGUUGUGGGGUUGGAGAACAUGCAUGCUUGCAAUCUCACUCUGUCUAAGUUUUUAAAUUGUGGAACUGUAGCUGCACAACGGUUUUCAUUCAAUUGCUCAUCCAGAAAAGUUCACAUGGAAAUUAAUCACCACAGUGAGGCAAGAGGUGCUCUUGUUGUUUUGGAAGGUUUGGAUCGAAGUGGGAAGACCUCACAGUCUGGUAGGCUCCUCUCGUACUUGACUGGUCUUGGGUAUCCAGUAGAAUCAUGGCGGUUUCCAGAUAGAGAUACUGCUGUGGGAAAAAUGAUCUCCUCCUAUCUUUCCAAUCAAUCUCAGUUGGAUGAUCACACGAUUCACCUACUCUUUAGUGCAAAUCGUUGGGAGAAAAGAUCUUUGAUGGAAGCUAAGCUUAAAAGUGGCACUUCCCUGAUUGUUGACCGCUAUUCUUAUUCAGGGGUGGCUUUCUCAGCUGCCAAAGGGCUUGAUAUUGAAUGGUGUAAGGCUCCUGAGGUGGGGCUGCUGGCACCUGACCUGGUGGUGUACCUUGACAUACCUCCAGAGAAAGCUGCUGAAAGAGGAGGUUAUGGAGGUGAGCGAUAUGAGCAGCUGGAGUUUCAGCAGAAUGUUGCCCUGCAUUAUAAAAUGCUCAGUGAUGCAUCAUGGAAGAUGAUAGAUGCAUGCCUCCCUAUGGAAGAUAUUGAGAAGCAGCUGAAGGAGAUGGCGUUGGAUUGUUUGACAUCUUGCCGAAAAGGGAAAUCAAUUUCUCACCUCUGGUUGUCAUAAUUUGAUCAUGUUAUGGUUAUUGUCAACAAGUUUUUUUGUCACAAUUGAUGUCAAUAUCGACUGAAUCUAAUCAUGAGUAUUAAGUUAUAUUUGCUUAAAAAUGUCUUAUAAUGCUGUUUUAAAAAGUCAAGUUUUAUUGUAA